UGCCAGGGCCUGUGCCAAGCAGGAGAAGGCGGCGGUGGCCGUCGCUUCCCGAGUCACCGCGGCCGGGAUUCCCGGCUGGAGGGUCGGUGCGUGCCCCGACGGGGCGCGCGGAGCGGGCGAGAAGGCACGAAGCCGCCGCGGAGCACAGGUUGCAUUCCUGUUGCAUCUUUGAUAUCAUUCCUAGACUUUGCUCCAUGAUUUAACUUGAAAUUCUGAAAUGAAGAUGGAGGAGGCAGUAGGAAAAGUUGAAGAACUCAUUGAGUCUGAAGUCCCACCAAAAAUCUCUGAACAAGAGACGGCCAAGGAGGAAGAUGGAUCUGUAGAACUGGAAUCUCAAGUUCCAAAAGAUGGCGUAACGGAUUCUACAGUUCUUUCUUCAAUGCCCUGCUUGUUGAUGGAACUGAGAAGGGACUCUUCUGAGUCUCAGUUAGCAUCCACAGAGAGUGACAAGCCUACAGCCGGCCGUGUUUAUGAGAGUGACUCCUCUAAUCAUUGCAUGCUUUCCCCUUCCUCUAGUGGUCACCUGGCUGAUUCAGAUACAUUGUCUUCUGCAGAGGAGAAUGAACCCUCCCAGGCAGAAACGGCAGUAGAAGGAGACCCAUCAGGAGUGUCUGGUGCCGCAGUUGGGCGCAAGUCUAGGCGGUCUCGUUCUGAAAGUGAAACAUCUACCAUGGCUGCCAAGAAAAACCGGCAAUCCAGUGAUAAACAGAAUGGCCGAGUUGCCAAGGUUAAAGGUCAUCGGAGCCAAAAGCACAAGGAGAGGAUCAGACUACUGAGGCAGAAACGGGAGGCUGCUGCGAGGAAGAAGUACAACCUGCUGCAGGACAGUAGUACCAGUGACAGUGACCUGACUUGUGACUCAAGCACAAGCUCAUCUGAUGAUGAUGAAGAGGUUUCAGGGAGCAGCAAGACAAUCACUGCAGAGAUACCAGAUGGACCUCCAGUUGUAGCUCAUUAUGAUAUAUCUGACACCAGCUCUGACCCAGAAGUGGUAAAUGUGGACAAUUUAUUGGCGGCUGCAGUAGUUCAAGAGCACACUAAUUCUGUAGGCGGCCAGGACACAGGAGCUACCUGGAGGACCAGCGGGCUUCUAGAAGAGCUGAAUGCAGAGGCAGGUUGGUCUCCCCCACCCCCUUCUCUGAUGAUGUAUCCCUUUCCCUUCUCUUCUACCCGCCUUACCGGCGACUUCCCCAGGAAGGCUUAUUUUAGUAAAAGCAUCGAUCAGCAGAACUGCAGUCAUAUUGUCCUCUGUCUCUCCUGUGGUGGGAUUACGCAUGCUUUUGCUCUUCCUCUCCCGUGUAGGUGUGUCCAUCCUCGAGGAGGUGUGAUUCAGAGUGUUUCUUCGUGGAAGCACGGCUCGGGCACGCAGUACGUGAGCAGCCGGCAAACACAGCCAUGGACUGCCGUGACUCCUCAGCAGACUUGGGCUUCCCCAGCAGAAGUGGUCGACCUUACCUUGGAUGAGGAUAGUAGACGUAAAUACCUACUGUAAUACGUUGUCACUGUGUUUCCUCUGCACUGUUCCCUGCCACUUCCUCCUCCUCCUCUCUGUGACACGGAAGUUCAUUGUCAUAGCUUCAGCUUCAGAAGCUGUUUGUGGCAUUUGUAGAAUUGAAACUCAUGGAAAAUCUCCUCUCCCCCAUUUUCUAAUUAAAAGAAGUCACUUAGGAAAAUAACUUAUCACAGAGAAAAGGAUUUCUUUUCUUCUUUCCCUCAAUAGGCCUAUGAGAAUAAUGAAUUUUAUUAGAUGACUUCAUUUUACUUGGUGACUUUUAACCUUAGGAAACUCUGCCUUCCUUCUAGAAUAAUAUUUAAUUGCCAGAUAACGUGGAUUUCAGUUUUUGAAUCUUGUAUUUAUUUUUCUGUAUAAUAAAAUUAAUAUCUAGACUUGACCACUAUCUGCCCUGCCCCCACUGGCACCCUCACCUUAGGGCAUUCACACACAUAUCAGUCAGGUCCUUAUUGGCAUCUAGUAGGGCAUGUGCACUUAAAAACCUGUCCUUCAAAAUAGAAGACAGAAGUAUUACAAGUGUUUUUUUUUUUUGUUUUUUUUUUUUUUGGCUCAAGCCUUCGACCUUCUUUCCUGACUUUGUUCCCGAUGGACUUCGCACAACACAAAGAAUUGACUUGCCCCUUUGUGUUUCUAAGUAUUACCAAGGAACCCUAGCUGGUCUCCUUGUUGCAAUAAUUUAUGACUCUGUGGAAAAUGUCUCCUUUGGAUCAGGGACAUUUCAGGUAGAUCCCCACCCAGAGGAUGUCUGGGCAUCGAAGGAGGAGAAUACUGAGGAAUCAGUGGGAGCAUCUGUCUCCCUCAACUGUUUUUCAUGGUUUGGUGAAAUAAUGGGAGAACACUGAAACCUAUUAGAAGCCCUUAGGGAGAACGUAAAAGUUGUGUGGCUUCUAAGGCGACAGCUGUUGCACAUCCGAGAGGAGAGUGCCACCUUUCAUAGCUGCUCUCCAUAAAAGGUGUAAUGACUUUAACACCUGAGCUGAACUAGACCUGAUGCUAUAUUGGGAUGUUUUCCCCGCUCUGCCUUCUAAGAAAGCAUACCAUGAUUUAAAAAAAAAAACAAAAAAAAACAAAAAAAACAGAUAUAUGCUGUGAGAACACGAAUAGCACUGUAAGUCUACAGUAUCUGAAAGGAAUAGCAGAGGGUAGAAGCAGCUUCAGGGAAUUCAGGAAAUGCUAGCAUUGGAGUUUUGUGGCAUUAGUUUCUAACUUUUCCCUCUAGUAUCUUGUAGUUAUUAGUGAAUUCUUUGGAAAGCAAUACCUAGAGUUAGAACACUAUGUAUUGUGCCCAGGCAGAGGGGAGUAUACUGGCACAGAAGACCUCACCUUUUAUUUUUCAUGGUUUUUGUUUGCUUUCAUUGUUUUUUGUUUCCGUCUCCAGUGUUGCUAUAGUCCUUUACCUCUCUUCCUAAAUGCCUCGGUGGCUCUUCCAUAUCAGAAGAACAUGAGAACCAUUUCAGUUUCCAUUCGGCCAACACACAUUUACCAAGUGGCUACUCCGCACUGGGCACUGUGCAGGGGUGGUGGGUGCUGUGGAGGCGCUGGGAUGAGGGAGACACAGCCCACGUGCACGGGCAUCCGAUGUUGCCUGGCUCCACCUGCCUGGCCUUUUCUUGUGUUUUAUGUGAAGGCAAGUUUGUUCCUUUACCCUUCAUCUUGCUCCUUCAGUUCUUCUGUGUACCUCCUCCUCCUCCUCCUUGGGAACGUAUUUGAGCGUGUUUUCCUUGAUCUUCUCGAUGGCAUCUCAUUUGAUCUGGCCUCUGUUCUUCAGCUUUUCAUUUUCCUUCUAGUCUACCCUUGAUAGAGCAGGCUUUUAAGAUCAUGAACCCCUGCUUUUAGCACCUCACAUGGCCACAAUUCUAGACAAAAACCAAAGACCCAGAAGCCAGUGCGAAGUAGGACCUUCUGAAGACUCACUACUGGUGAAUCCUCGAACCUUCACAUUUUACUUUAGGACUAAUUUAUUGAGUGUUACUGUUACACAUUAUUUUUGACUUGAAUUAAAAUAUUGGACAAGCAGAAAUGUAUAAUUUCUGGUCUGUGUUUUCCAGGAAAAUGAUUGGGAAGAGAAUAGAGUGGAUUAUAUGACUUGAAGUAUUUGCAUCUUGUUUUGUUUUGUUUUGUUUCCCCUGCCUGUGUUAGAGCAGAGCCCCAUUUUUGAAGACUGUGUUUGCAUUACUUAUUCCUGUGUCAACAGUGUGUUCGUCUGAUUCCACAUAGCAGGUGAUCCUGUGGCAUAGUCUCCAUAAUCCCAGAGUGGCGCCUUCUACAGAGAGGCCUUUGGGGCGUGUUGUGUGCACGCUGAGUUGGGAACAGAGGGUGGACUGGCAGUCAAGCUCUGUUUUUUGGCCUUUUGCUUUACCAUCAGCUUGCACUUUUCCUAACUUGUUCCUUAAGGCGUUCCCUGACUUCUCUGUGUGAUGCACUGGAACAGAGAUGUAGACAUUGAGAUGCAAACAGGGCAGGGGGAGGGAUGGUAGGUGGUUGGCACUUUCCCACAUAAUAGCUGAUGGUAGAGAGACCCUGUUUCACCUCUUUUUUCAUUUUUCCAUCAAGAGGAGUGGGGAUGUGGUUUCAGGCAAGGUUUUUAUAAAACUCUGUGAUAUACAACUUCUGUGACAUUUGAAAUUUCUUUUAAAGGGAUGUCUUUUAACCAGAGCUUGCAUUUGAUAGCGUAAGUAGUUCUUUAAGCUUCACAGGACACUGUAUGUUCAAAGUAGUAGCUCUUCUAAAAUGGGACACAUGGGAUUGGUGUAUGCCACUGGUUAAAUUCCCCUCCCUUCCAAUUUGAAGAAGCAGAGCAGAAGCUUGCUACUGCACCAUCAUGACUGCCAUGUAACUUACAAUCUCUGCUGUCCAGUGACGGUCGUUUUAGGAGCCAGACCGAAUGGGCUCCGUACUUCUUUAAAAUAUGAACUCUGCUUUUGCUGUUACUGAUUGUGAACAUGAACUGUCUGAUUUGCUAAUUUAGUCCUUUGUUCAUCUUUACUUUUAGCAGACUAGAACCAUUGGUAACUUAAAGAUGAAUGUGUUGCCUGCUUUUUAUACACGUGUCACAGAGCUUUGAAAAAGCUAGGGACACAAUUUCGUCUUCUUUGUUUCAAACUUUUUUUUUUUUUUAAAGGAAAAGAGCCCCUGAUCCCUGUUCUCCAAUGUGUAUGAUGUGACUUCCAUGUAUAUAUAAAAAUGAUUGCACCCUAACCAAACUUCCUCAGAUUGUGCACUGUUUGUUUAAAAUAAUCACGUAUUUUAGUCCAAUGCUGUUGUACUUUUAUUUUUCAUUUUAUUUAAAACACUACUUACUUCUUAUUCUUUUAACAAAUUUUAAAGGGUAGUGAUCUUAAAAAAAAAUCACUGGAUAACUAGGAAAUAUUUUUGUUGUUGUUUUGUUUUUAAAAGAGUACAGAGGUCUUUGAAGCCCUUUGCUCUUCUUACCGUGAAAACGAACUGUUAGCCAUUGUAUGGCUAGGAACCAAUGCACUUGGCGCGUAACAGAUCUGCUGUUGCUGGAGUGUGAGUGUGGACUUGAUGCAGUGACGACAAAUCAUUGCUUAGAAUUAAUGUUUUCAAAUGUGCAACUCUAGUUUUUAAAAUGAAAUUUGGUUCUUUACAUUCAUUAUUUAGUUUUUGUUUCCAUUUAGUAUUUAAUGGUCUUUGGAGAAAAAAAUAAUAAAACAGAGUGUUAUAUAUAUAUUUUUUGGUGCAAGAUAAGAUUUUCUGUUUUUUGAAAUAAGUCUGUAGCAUAAAGGUUAAACUAUUUUAAGACAAAAUAAAAUAGAGUGUAUUUAAACAA